AUAGAUGCACAGAGGGCACGUGAGAGGGCACUCCAGAGGGAACAUGUUUGUUUUUUACUUUAUGUUUACUGGAAAGGCACUAUUUGACAUUUCACUUACUGGAAGGGCAACAAGAAUAGCCAACACCUUUUUAUGUUUCAUUCACUGGGAACACAUUUGUUUUAAGGUGUUUCAACUAAGAGGGCACCCAGAGGGCGUUUUAUCAUAUUUACGGACCACAGUCGGCACUUUAUAAUGUUUAAUCCGCAACAGGCGCAUCCAAGAGGGUUCUUCCAUGGCCUUUUUAAUAGGCACAAUGGCACCACUUACUGGUGACGCUUCUAGAAAUCCUUCCCAUUGAUUUCUCUCAAGUUCAAAGGAAAAAAAAAGAUGAAAAAUAUGGGUAAGCAUGAGAUUAUGACUGUGUUUUGUGCUUGCCCCCUCCUCCGCUCCUCUUUCCCAACCUGGAGAGUGCGCAGACCGCUGUGGGGAAAAAGUGCAUGUGCAAGCAGAACUGGGAAAGUUCAUAGAGCCGAAGUGCAGGAUGUCCCGUUAAGGAGAAAAAGAAAUCCUGCAGAAGAGCACUGGCAACACAAGCGGGCGGACUGAAAAGACUGCAAACAAGAGGGAGCGACAUUCACAGCAAUUAGCUUUUUAUUGAAGGGGGGAAAAAUGGGCUUUCCGACGAUAUUUAGCUUUCGUCGGAUUGUUCUAAAAGUGUUCGUUUUACAGUUCAUCGUCUUUCAAGCUACAUAUGCAGCCCCUUCGCCUAUUAUCAGGUUUCCAGGAGACGAUAGUCCCAGAACAGACAAAGAAGUUGCUCUGCACUAUCUGAAUAAGUUUUAUGGAUGCCCACAAGACAGAUGUAACCUAAUGGUGCUCAAAGACACCCUGAAGAAAAUGCAAAAGUUCUUCACUCUGCAAGAAACUGGAGAGAUUGAUGCCACAACUGUGGAGAUAAUGAAAAAGCCCCGUUGUGGUGUCCCAGAUGUGGCCAACUACAACUUCUUCCACAGGAAGCCGAUGUGGCAGAAGAAAGACAUCACUUACAGAAUCCUUGGAUACACUCCUGAUCUGGAUGAGGAAGUCAUAAACGAUGCUUUCUUCAGAGCAUUCAAAGUCUGGAGUGACGUCACUCCACUCACAUUCACCCGGCUUAUGGAUGGAGAGGCUGACAUCAUGAUUAAUUUUGGCCGCAAUGAGCAUGGAGAUGGUUAUCCCUUUGAUGGCAAAGAUGGCCUCUUGGCUCAUGCCUUUGCACCAGGACCAGGAAUCGGGGGAGACUCCCACUUUGAUGAUGAUGAGCAGUGGACUCUGGGAGAUGGCCAAGUGGUGAAGGUGAAGUUUGGAAACGCUGAUGGAGAAUUCUGUAAAUUCCCCUUCCUGUUCAUGGGCACUGAAUACAACAGCUGUACACCUCAGGGCCGUGACGACGGCUUCCUGUGGUGCUCAACCACCUACAACUUUGAUGACGAGGGCAAAUAUGGCUUCUGCCCACAUGAAUUGCUGUUUACCCUGGGUGGAAAUGGAGAUGGUGCCCCAUGUAAAUUCCCCUUCAACUUCCAAGGAGAUAACUAUGACUCAUGCACCACUACAGGCAGGGAUGAUGGCUAUCGCUGGUGUGCCACCACUGAGGACUACGACAGGGACAAGACCUUUGGGUUCUGCCCUGAAACUGCCAUGUCAACAGUGGGAGGAAACGGAGAGGGAAGCCCGUGUGCCUUCCCCUUCACCUUCCUGGGAGACACCUAUGAUGCCUGUACUGCAUCUGGGCGAAGUGAUGGGAAGAUGUGGUGUGCUACCACCAAGAGCUACGAUGAUGACCGCAAGUGGGGUUUCUGUCCUGAUCAAGGUUACAGUCUGUUCUUGGUAGCCGCCCAUGAAUUUGGUCAUGCUCUUGGCUUGGAGCACUCUCAAGACCCCGGAGCACUGAUGGCCCCCAUUUAUACUUUCACAAAAGACUUCAGGCUUUCUCAGGAUGACAUCAAAGGCAUCCAAGAGCUCUACGGUGUGUCAACAGACCAGCCUUUGUCUCCCACCCAGGGUCCAGUGACUCCAAUGGAUAUCUGUAGUGAGCCGGUUAUCUUUGAUGCUGUGGCACAGAUCAGAGGAGAGACGUUCUUCUUUAAGGACAGGUUCCUGUUCAGGUCAGUAAACUUCAGAGGCAAACCAACCGGCCCGAUGCUCGUGGCCACCUACUGGCCAGACCUCCCUGCCAAGAUAGAUGCCGUCUAUGAAAACCCAGUGGAGGAGAAGACUGUUUUCUUCGCAGGCAAUGAGAUGUGGGUCUACAAAGCUGAUGAGUUGGAAAGAGGUUAUCCCAAGAGCCUCUCAAGCAUUGAGCUCCCCACUGACCUAGAGAAAAUCGACGCUGCCUUCAACUUUAGAAAGAACAGAAAGACUUACCUCUUUUCUGGGGACAAAUUCUGGAGAUACGAUGAUGAAAAGAAGAGAAUGGACCCUGGCUUUCCCAAACUUAUUGCAGAUUCCUGGAAUGGCAUCCCAGAUGAAAUAGACUCUGCUUUCAGUCUUAACGGAAUUGAUUACAGCUACUUCUUCAAAGGUAACCACUAUUUCAAACUGGAAGACAGCAGCUUGAAGAUUGUCAAGUUGGGUGAAAUCACAAAGGACUGGCUGGGUUGCUGAGCUUUUUCAAAAUGUCUCACAACUGGCUUUUUCCUGCAAUCACACCUGGCCUCAUGAGGACAUUGCCAUAGUACCAAACACAACUGAAGGUUUCUUCUUGGCAACUCUGCACACUUCUGUGGAAGACAUGUCCCUGUCAGCCUGUAUACCCAGCCUCCAGCUUUGUAGAAAGGCACCUCGGGACCUUAUACACAGGCUGAACAUAGGCAACUGGAUAUUUGCUAUUUUACUGUGUGAUAUUGACUUUGUAUUUGUUAGGCUGAUGCAGAUUUACUACAAAAUGUAUGCCCCGUUUAAUUGUUUGAGAUUGUUUUUUUUUUAUGUUUUUGAAUAACUCAGACAUCAGGUAUGUCAACACUGCAUUAAAAGCAGUGCUAUACUGUGCUGUGAGAUAUUGCCGUUUUAUGCACAUUUUAUUUUGAAAGGCUGUUUUAAACCACAUGAGGUAAUCAUGUUGGCUUGGAAUGACUUUUUUUGUCCAUUGUACUAAGUGCAGUUUUAUAAAUGUAUCACUUUGAAUUGAUAUUCGUAUUGUUGUGCAAUACAUUUGAAAAAGUGUUGAGUUUGCACAAUGUAUUUGACCGAAAAUGGUGCUUUAGAGAUUGCUUUUUGCAUAUAGUCCUUUAUGUAAACAUUUCAUAUUCAUGUUUUCUGGAUGUCAGAAAGUAGUACUUGCAGGCACUCGUUAUUCUUUAUUGGGUUAGGACUAUAGACUACAAGGGAACUGCUCACUAUGGAGACCACAUUAUUUUCCUGGGAGCUCCAUGUUGUAUUUCCCUUCACUUUUGGUACAGAACGAUUCAAGGCACAGGUUGCCUCUAAAGGCUAUAUUGGUUUGCUGCAUGAUGGAGUCAUGGCAAGAGUACCACAGUAGUAUUGUUUAUAUUUCUUUUUUAUAUACUCUGUUUUCUCUCUUGGAUUCUAACAAUACAGAUAUUGUAUUUUGUGUUGUUUUUAAUGCUUGAGCACUUUGUUACUGUCAUCAAUAAAGAUGGUCAAUAUAAUGUG